AUGGACUCCGGUGCGUGGUACGACGUCAAGCGAAGCAUUUGGGCCGGCGCGUUCCGGUCCGACUGGCGCGGCGACCUCGUCACGCUCCCACACAAGUACACCGAGCUCGAUCGCUCCGAGAUGCGCCUCAUUCGGUCGCGGCGCAUGUACGCACUUGUCAAGGACUUGCUCUACGUCCGAACCAAGCCCUUGGGCGUCUUGCUCUGGUACGAGAAGGAGCUGUAUCCAAACCAAGGCGCCGGUGCCAAGCCGUUCUACACCUCUGCGCUCCUGUCGGCGCCCAUGGAAAACUUGUGGCUGGACGAGCUCGCACCCUUUCUACAGGCCAAAGAGACGCUGGCGACAGCGGCGGCGCUCGGCGGUCAUCUUGGCUUGUUGCAGUACCUUGUGUAUGAAAAAGGCGUCGAUGUUGCGGGCAUGGCCAACUUUACCGUCGGUAGUUCCCACUUGAUCAUGGACCGAGUGGCGUCAUACGGCCAUCUCAGCGUCCUUCGCUUCCUCCACGAGAUGGAGUGCAGCGGGAUUUCUUCAAAAGCCCUGGAAGGCGCCAUGCGGAAGCAUCAUCUUGACACGAUUGCGUUUCUGUUCAAGCACUACCCGCAUUUGGAGACGCCGGAAAAGGCCACGUUGUAUGCGGCGCGCUUUGGUCACCUCGGGCUCCUUCGGUAUUUGAUCACAACGCGCCACGCACCAUGUCCUCCACAUGUGAUGGAUCUGGCAGCAUUCAAGGGCCACCGCCACAUAGUCAAUUUCUUACACAAGCAAAAGGCCAGCUGUACACCAAUGGCAAUGGACGCCGCGGCAUGCGCUGGCCACCUCGAGAUUGUCAAAUUUCUCCAUUUCAACCGAACGGAAGGCUGCACAACCUUGGCGUUUGACGCGGCUGCGAUCCACGGCAACCGCCCGCUUCUGGACUUUCUCAUUCAACACCGCCGCGAGGGCGGGUCGACGCUGGCGAUGGACGGGGCGGCGUACAAGGGCAACGAAGCCAUGGUGCGAUUCUUGCACAAGCACCGCCACGAAGGCUGCACGACGCGCGCGAUCGACUUUGCUGCCGAUCAAGGCCACUUGAGUAUCGUGAAAUUUCUCCUCGCCGAACGCUCGGAAGGGUUUACGUACAGCGGCAUGAUCUUUGCGGCCACGUGCGACCGGAACGAUGUCCUUUCAUACCUCUUGGCGCACGACGUGACCAAGGCCAAGGCCGUUCAAGCGCUGAAAAAAGUCAUCCCCCACACGUACUUUCGGGAAGCGGUGCUACCAAAGUUCAAGGCCGCGGGCUUCCCGCGCACAGAGCACAUAACACCCGAAGCACUGGUGGAUGAUGCGCACGCGACGGCGGCAGCACUCGCUCUCUAUGACGGCGACGACGAGGCCGACGACUCGGGCUAUGAGUCGGAAGAAACGGGGACGAUUGGUCAAGUGCACUAUCCAAUCCAAGGCGAAUACUAG